AUGUCAGACCGGGGUUCUUUCGACACUAAUGUUGUGACUUUGACGAGAUUUCUGCUUGAAGAGGGCAGAAAAGCCAAAGGCACGGGCGAGCUGACAACACUCCUGAACGCGAUGUGCACGGCUGUAAAAGCCAUCUCGAGCGCUGUCAGGAAAGCAGGUCAAAAUCAAGAAGCCCUUCAACUUUAUGGCAGUGCAACCAUGAUUGUCCUCUCCACAGGUCAGGGAGUCAACUGCUUCAUGUUAGAUCCAGCUAUUGGCGAGUUCAUUCUGGUUGACAGAGAUGUGAAGAUUAAGAAGAGAGGCAAGAUCUACAGUCUGAAUGAAGGUUGUGCCCUUUAUUUUGAUCCUGCCGUCACAGAGUACCUGCAGAAGAAAAAGAUUCCAGAGGAUGGCAGUGCACCCUAUGGAGCGCGUUAUGUAGGCUCAAUGGUGGCAGAUGUGCAUCGGACGCUUGUUUACGGAGGAAUCUUCCUUUACCCUGCAAAUGUGAAGAGCCCCAAAGGAAAGCUCAGACUGCUCUAUGAGUGCAACCCCAUGGCCUUCAUCAUGGAACAGGCCGGAGGGAUGGCCACCACAGGGACCACCAACAUCCUGGACAUCCAGCCCGAGAGCCUCCAUCAGUGGGUGAUGGGUUCCCCUGAUGAUGUCCAAGAGUACAUCUCCAUCUAUCAGAAACAUCAUAAAUGAAGAGCAAUAGUCAGAAUGUAUAACAAAGACUCAAAGAAUCAUGAAGAUAUAUCUACUUGACACUCCAAAAUAAGAUACAAAAGUGUAUUCUUACUUUCAAAAUACCUCUAUAAAAAACCAAACACUGUCUCCAUGAAGAAAUAUAAGAAGAAUUUUUGAUGACGCUGAUUUUUUUACAUCCAAACUUUAGAACAUUAGAACAUUUAGUUGAGGCUGUUUUUAGAGAAACACACUGUUUUCCACAUUAGACAGUUUCUCUGAGUCUUAACAGCUGCUGAAUUUGUCGGCCAAAAAGACAGAAGCAAGUUCAUGGCAUAAAUGAGGAUGAUUUGAAUAUAAAGUUGAUCUUGUUUCUGUCUGUACAGACCAAAUAAUUACUUGUGCCCUAUUGCACCCUAUUGAGGAAAGCUGUGAAUAAAGUUCUUGAAAAAAAACAGAGCCUUUUCGAGA